AUGUCCGAGUCGACCUCGGCAAUCCACAGUCUCCCCUACGAUAAGACUGUUGCUGCGACAGUCCCAGUGACACUUCGAUCUGCGUCGUUCCCCCCACCGAGUAAUCAAUCCUUCUGCUCAGAGGACCGAUCAAAUUCAUCCAGUACCUCCUCCGGUGCCCCCAUUGAACAAGCCCCACCCGCCCUAUCACAACGGACCACUAGACGCGGCAGAAACAGGUUGGCCAGCCUACCAGCUGCCGGGGCUUCAACCGUGAGCUUGCGGUCGUUGCGCAGUAUACCCAGCAUUAUUGUUGAUGAUACGGCGUCGCGUCCCAGCUCGCGUCCAGGAUCUCGCCCAGGAUCUCGCCCAGGAUCUCGUCCCGGGUCGCGCUGGUCGGAACGUAGAUGGGGUGGCUUAAGGGGUAGAAAGUCAGGGGAUUUCGAUCGGGAUGAAGAUGACACACCGCCUGUCCCUCCUAUCCAAGCCCCGUUCAACGGAAUCCCCUUGGACAUCCCGAACGCCGCACUCGACGGUCUAGGACCGCAAUCAAUGAGGUUUUCAAAGCGUGGCAGUCUCAUCAAGGAAGAGGAAAGACGUCAGCUCCAACAGCAAAUCCAGCAGGCGGAGGCAAAACAACAAAGAAUCGCGCAGAUGGAAGGGGCCGACCAACGAUUACAGGAGCAUGUGAUGGAAGACGAGAGCGAUACGGCUUUGCCAGCCAUGACUUCGCCGGAAUUACAUGUCGCGGACGAAGAACCUUUGGACUCCCCUACGAGGCGCUCCAAACCGCAAGCGACGCUUAGGGUGCGGCACAGCGCUAUUGCCAGCAGAGCCAUCUCUGCAGAUGAAGACAUGCUGUCGCGACGAGUGCGCUUAAUGUAUGAGAAGGGCGACGAAAAUGUGACGGACUCGGAGGUAGCAAGGUCCAUGGCCGCGGAGCACGGCGUUCUGUGGGAAGACACAGCUCCCCCGAGCAUGGAAUGCUCCCGUCUGUCUGGACCCAGCGUGUCCGGAACGGAUACUCGAAGUAUAGUGUCGUCACUCGGGACGGACGGUGUCCCCGGAUUCAAGCGAGAAGCACACGAGCUUGCGGGGGGCAUUGAAUAUUGGCAGAACAUCAAAGCUGGCGAUGUGGACCGAUACGGGUUCAUUCGGUCCCCGACAUCUAAUUCCAAUGAAGGCAUCGAUCCUAGUCCCAUUCAACGCGUCUCUACAAGCCUGCUUCUUGCCUCUGAAACCCCAAGGCGCAAGUAUUCAAUGCGCCCGCCCUCGGCAAUAGGUCCCAAUCAUCGCUCCUUUACUGGCCGAUCUCCGACUCGAAAACUAUCCGAGCCGUCAAUUCGUCCAUCGUCUUCUCAAAGUACCUACAGUUCACCGUUACGGCGUUCCACCACACGGUUUCGUCGGGCAGCCAACCAUCUUCCUCACAACCGGACUCGUCGUGUCAAAGACGAGGCGGGCGACAUGCUCACGCUACCCACAAACGCCAUCGCACCCGGGGAUCGACAAGACUCAGCCGCUGCGCGCGCAGCAAGGAGGAAGGAAUGGGAGAGGGAAGACAAGUGGACGAAGAUGGCCAAACCGAUAAGAAGUAGCGAUGGAGGCGGCAUGACAUUCGAGUUUGAUACCACCAGUUCGAAGCUGAUCGAACGGACAUGGAAAGGCAUACCUGAUCGAUGGCGAGCUACCGCUUGGUAUGCCUUCCUAGAAGCAAGCGCCAAGCUGCACAGCGACAGUCCAUCAAAAGAAGAGCUCAUUGAGGCAUUCAAUGAAUACCAAUUAAUGUCUUCCCCGGAUGAUGUCCAGAUCGAUAUCGAUGUCCCCAGAACAAUAACCAGCCACAUUAUGUUUCGUCGCCGCUAUCGUGGCGGGCAGCGGCUGCUAUUCCGCGUGCUGCAUGCGAUGUCUCUCUAUUUUCCGGAUACAGGCUACGUUCAGGGCAUGGCAGCCCUUGCUGCCACGCUGCUUGCAUACUACGACGAAGAACAUGCAUUUAUCAUGCUUGUUCGACUUUGGCAACUGCGCGGUCUGGAGCGGCUAUAUCAAUCCGGCUUUGCGGGCCUCAUGGAGGCUUUGAGCGACUUCGAACGAGAAUGGCUGGAGAAAGGAGAGGUUGCUGCAAAAUUGAAUGAGCUUGGAAUUCCACCUACAGCGUACGGUACUCGCUGGUAUCUCACUCUGUUCAACUAUUCCAUCCCAUUUCCUGCCCAGCUUCGGGUAUGGGAUGUAUUCAUGCUGCUCGGCGACGCAGAGGAUCUUACUGCGAGUGGGUCUUCCAUCAAGAGCGGUAAGAAGGCUCACGUCAGUGCAUUUGGCAACGGCUUGGAUGUGCUUCAUGCUACCUCGGCAGCCCUCAUUGAUGGUAUGCGUGACAUCGUCCUCGAGUCCGAUUUCGAAAAUGCGAUGAAGGUCCUCACCAGCUGGGUCCCCAUUAAGGAUGUGGAAUUGUUCAUGCGUGUUGCCAAAACGGAGUGGAAAGUGCAUCGCCGAAAGAAAUCAUCUUAA